AUGGAUGGCGCCUCCAUCGACAACCUGGUGUCCCAGGUGCCCGUGCCCCAGCCAUCGGAAGUUUGGCCUGGCGUGCCACGAGUCCCGUGCCGCGGCCGCGUUCUCCCAGGGGUCCUGUGCCUCCGCUCCAGCCGCCUACUGCGACCUGCCCCCCUAGGCGAGCGCUCGUGGUUUCCUGGAUAUAAGAAGCUGUUUGCCAGCCUCUUCGGCUUCGCUGCACAUGGUGGCCUUCUGCUUCCGUCCCUCAUUCCGUUCGCUUCCGCCUGCCCUUUUUCCUUCUUCAGCAGUACUGCCAUUUUUUGGUCCAGCGAUGAUUGGGUCCACUGCUGCUCGAUCCGGGCGACGCCGUCGGGGCCGCCCUCCGUCGUCGCCGACGUGGCGAAGGCCGAAGACCGAGCGGACGGUUCGAGGGAGUUGUCGCUCCCGAGGGAGGAGGUGAUCCGGCGCCUGCGUCUGCUGCGCCAGCCGGCCACGCUCUUCGGCGAGGACGACGCCGCGCGCCUCCGCGGCCUCCACGACGCGCUCGAGGACCCCGCCGCGGUCGCGGACGUCGACGCCGCCGAGAUCGGGGAGGGGCAGACCAACAACUUCCUCCGCGACAUCCAGGUCAUGCGCGCCAAGGCCGUGGUCGUGGCGUCCAAGCCCAAGCUCGGCGCGGCCGAGAGGACCAGCGAGGAGAAGGAGGUGCCGUUCGACGAGGACAAGAUCGUGGCCUUCUUCAAGCGGCUGCUGAGCGAGUGGAGCCAGGAGCUGGACGAGAUGCCCGACGCGGAGCGGCGCACGGCCAAGGGCAAGGCCGCGGUGGCCACCUGCAAGCAGUGCGCGCGCUACCUGGAGCCGCUCUUCAAGCUCUGCAGGAAGAAGGCCCUCCCCGGCGACGUCCGGCGCGCGCUGCUGGACGUGGUGUGGUGUUGCAUGCGGCGGGACUACCUGGCGGCCACGGACAGCUACAUCAAGCUGGCGAUAGGCAACUCGCCGUGGCCGAUCGGGGUGACCAUGGUGGGCAUCCACGAGCGGUCGGCCCGGGAGAAGAUCCAUACCAACGGCGUCGCCCACGUGAUGGACGACGAGACGACGCGGAAGUACCUGCAGUCCGUGAAGCGGCUCAUGACCUUCUGCCAGCGGAGGUACCCGACGGAUCCCUCGAGGUCGGUCGAGUUCAACAGCCUCGCCAACGGCAGCGACCUGCAGUCCCUCCUCGCCGAGAAGGGCGCCGAGAAGAAGCACCCGGAGGAGACGCUCCGGCUGGUGGCUGCCUCCUGAUGUCGAAUAACCAUCGCCAAUCUCUGCAUUUUAGAAGCUCAACUUCAGUACCAUUUGAGAAACAGCUGAUUACUGAAAAUUGUUCUCUUGCUCUUCGUGUUGCCUAAAAUCAUCCCGGUGGCCAUAGUAUUUUGUUGUAGACGUGAUAAAAAGUUGGGAAUGUGGUGUGAUGAUAAUUACUAGCAUGCUGCUGAACGCAGCAGCACUCUGCUGUUUUGAAAACCACAUGGACUGUCCCUCGAAGAAACAAAAUCACAGGUACUGUGAAGCUGCAAAUUCGUUUUAA